AUGAUUGUACGUAAAUACAUAGGUUGGCCUGCAUGGGAACUUCUAGGCACCGACGGGCAUAGGUGUAGAGGUAGACAGAUAAGAUGCUUGUGGUAUAAAAGCGCAUGCCCUGUGCCAGGAAACUUAAGACCGCAGAUCAAGUACGCAGUGUACAGGAUAAAGAACCACGGUAUAUCUCCAAUUGCUGUGGCCCAACCUUUCCAGCUCUUCACAGAGGAGGCAGUUCAACACAUGCGAACGGAAAUCCUUCAACAUGACGUGAUGGAGAAAUACCGCGUCUCCAGCACCAUCGCAGCCAUGCAGGUCCGUGGUCAUGAUCUGAGCAUCAAGGUUGAUCAUGAAAUCGGGCACGUCAACUUUGCGGUAAAGACCGACGCAGCCACAGAAUACAAUGCUGAGAAGGAAGUAGUCGGCUGGCAGCACUACAACUGGGCAACAACGAGGUAUCCUGAAGCUCGCGCAACCUCAACUAGGCUACGCAACUCUUCUGCGGGCCUAAUCGCGAGCGUGAAGAUCGCGGCGCAUAAGAGAUUUAUCGGGGGGCAACAGGAGCAUCUCCGGGUGACUGACAUUGCCCCCUUAGAGGAAGAAAAGAUUGAGCGCGGUAUUGUCAAAGAGGUGCACGUCGACAACCAAACUAUCUUUUAUUUAUUUGGAUACCUGAAACAUCCCUGCCCUUUAGUAAUCACGAGUCAUCCACCCUUCUUAGUAGAUGUUUAUGGUUAUUAUUUUACUCUACCAUUUCGUUUGUGGUUUCUUCGAUCUCAACCUCGAGCUUUGCUGAGAGAGAGGAAAGACGAAAGAGAAAAGGAACCGAAGGCUGAAGGUGAAAGAAACGAACACUUUGCUCUUGCUGGAAUAAUUAUCCCCUUGCGUUAUAGCACCAUGCAUCCAAGUGAGCCACAAGGGAAAGCUUUUCCUAAUAUAACUAACUGUUAA